UUUCAGAUUGUAUUGAUUGUAGAAAACUUUUCCCCGACAUACUUCGAUUUCAAAAUUUAUCAUGAAUUGUGGAGGUUGUUGUACACUGCGACGGCAGGCUAUUAUUUUUAGUAUUUUAACCAUAUGUCAUGGCGCAGCUCUGAUGAUUAUCUUUGGCUCAAUCAGCUGCGUCAAUUGGAACAUAAAAGCUCUAAGACGUCAACGCUUACAUAAUUUUGCGUUAGUAGGGUUGUCGUUAAUUCAUACUGUGUCGGGUAUACUGAUGUUGAUAGGCGUCUUGAAAAAUUUGAAAUUCAUAUAUAUUCCUGGUCUUUUAAUAAGCUUUAUAAUGCCAAUUGUGGAGGUUAAAUCUGUACUAGUAUAUAUGAUAAUAAUUCAAUUAAUAUUUGCCGUCAUCACUUGCAGAUUUAUAUGCUUUACGAGAGACUCUAAUGUUUGAAUUACAUAAAUUUAGAGUAUCAGAGGAAUAAGUAUUACUGAAAAUAUUUAAAUUAUUUAGUGAUUGGAAUUACUUUCAUAUUUUUUGGCUAAUCUUACAUCUUU